CCAAGCGCUCACGCCCCUGUCUCUCCCUUCGCCAGGCCUGGAUAUCGGGAUGUCCGGCUCCCUGGACCGCCAGUCGCCCCUGAGCGUGGCGCCGGACACGGUGUCGCUGCUCUCCCCCGCCCCCAGCUUCACGGCCAACGGUGGACCCGCCUCCCCCAGCAUGUCCACACCGCCCUUCACCAUUGGCUCCAGCAACACCACCGGCCUCAGCACCUCCCCCAGCCAGUACCCGCCGACCCACCCGCUGUCUGGCUCCAAGCACCUCUGUUCCAUCUGUGGUGACCGCGCCUCAGGCAAGCACUAUGGUGUCUACAGCUGUGAGGGGUGCAAGGGGUUCUUCAAGCGGACGGUGCGCAAGGACCUGACGUACGCGUGCCGUGAGGAGCGGUCAUGCACCAUCGACAAGCGCCAGAGGAACCGUUGCCAAUACUGCCGCUACCAAAAAUGCUUGACCAUGGGGAUGAAGAGAGAAGCGGUCCAGGUAGGGGCUGUAGAGGAGGAGCGCCAGCGGACAAAGGGCGACAAGGGUGAUGGGGACACAGAGUCAUCCUGCGGUGCCAUCUCAGACAUGCCGAUCGCCAGCAUACGGGAGGCUGAGCUCACUGUGGAACCCAUAGAUGAGCAGCCGCUGGACCAAGGGGUGAGGCUUCAGGUUCCACUCGCACCUCCUGAUAGUGAAAAGUGUAGCUUUACUUUACCUUUUCAUCCUGUCAGUGAAGUACCCUGUGCUAACCCUCUGACUACGCUCAGUGCUCAAGUGGCUGCCCCAGAAAAGCAGGAUGUGGUGAGCAACAUCUGCCAGGCAGCCGACAGACACCUGGUGCAGCUGGUGGAGUGGGCCAAGCACAUCCCUCACUUCACAGACCUUCCCAUAGAGGACCAAGUGGUGUUACUCAAAGCUGGCUGGAACGAGCUGCUCAUCGCCUCCUUCUCCCACCGCAGCAUGGGUGUUGAGGACGGCAUUGUGCUGGCCACUGGGCUCGUGAUCCACAGAAGUAGUGCUCACCAGGCUGGGGUGGGCCCCAUAUUUGAUCGUGUCCUCUCUGAGCUGGUGGCCAAGAUGAAGGAGAUGAAGAUUGACAAGACGGAGCUGGGCUGCCUCCGCUCCAUCGUCCUAUUCAACCCAGAUGCCAAAGGACUAAACUGCUGCAAUGACGUGGAAAUCUUGCGAGAGAAGGUGUACGCUGCCCUGGAGGAGUACACACGCACCACCUACCCUGACGAGCCCGGACGCUUCGCCAAGCUGCUCCUGCGACUCCCUGCACUCAGGUCCAUUGGCCUCAAGUGUCUUGAGUACCUCUUCCUGUUUAAGCUGAUUGGAGACACUCCCCUGGAGAGCUACUUGAUGAAGAUGCUUGUAGACAACCCAAGUUCAAGCACCACUCCCCCCACCAGCUAGGCCAACCUGUCAUGGGCUGCCCAGUGGGACUAGCAGCUGGCAUUCAGUCCCCUAAUACUGCUUGCAAAAAAAUGAAUUGUCACUGUUAGGGAGUCCCAAUGGAAUGCUCUCAGAUGUCUGUCCUCAUUGUGAUCAGAAUGUUGGAAUGAUGUUGAAUGUUGCCAGGGUUGAUGUGGAGUGUUGCCUUUCAAGAAUGUCAUCCCAGCACGCUGGAGCUGUCAGGAGGAAAGUGUCAGAAUUAAAAGUUUGUGGCAGAUGGUUGUAAGUGUUGUUGAAGCUGAGGCAUUGUAAAAGGAAGCAGAGUGUGGGUCUAGGAACUCCUUUCCUAGGCUGCAGAAUACACCAGAGAGGUACAGCAUAAUAAUGCAGAGGCAGGAUUCUGUUAGCACUGCAGAGACUGGAAAAGUUUCAUUUACUUUACUUAUAUAUGUAUAUGAUAUAUAUUUUCUGCUGUGAGUGUUAAAUAAGUAUUAUCUUGAGAGUUAAUAUCCUUCUGGAAAAGCAAUGAAGUUUUUACUAAUAUUUCAUUUUAUAGUUUUAUGUUAUGUAAUAAAUAUAUACUGAGAAUGUUAUCUACAAAAAAGGAUAUAUUAACACAUCCAGCCACAGACAAUAACAGCUUUUUGUUGGAGCCCUGCAGGACUGUUUAGUUAGUGUAGUAAGACAAUCCUCCACAUGACACUGUGUAAAGCAAGACAAACAGUACAAAUUAAUAGCAGACGUUUCCUUGCUAACAUUAGGUUUCCAGGAGUGUGUGGCGUGCUGGGGGUCUUCUGGCCACGGCAGGUCACUGAGAGGAAGACACUGCUUCAUGUGGUGGCAUGCUGGUGGUGUUUUGUAGGAAGGAGCCUCAUUGAUAUUAUUUUAAAGAUUUUUUUGAUGAUGAAAGUCCAAUUAGACAAAGAUCUAGCAGUAGCCUUAGCAUAAUUAAGUGUUAUGUGUCCUUGAUUCACUGCAGCAACCAUUGUUGCAAUCCCAGUAAUACCAGCGCUUCAUUCAUAAGAGAAGGACAAUGCACAGUGGACAUUAGUGGCCCAGCCCAGUGCUGUGACGGAACUAGGAAGCAUUGCGUCAACUAGGAAAGGUUACACGAAUUUGGAAAUGUUAAGUUUUAAGAAACCAAAUGAGAUUGAUCCUGCAAUACAACAGGAGUCUUUAACUAGUAGAAAGUGUUGCAUGUUUCACCCCAGAAGGUGUUUUGACCGAUGAACUUUUGAUGAGUGUUUAUAAAUGUUUGUGAAAAUGUCAAACAAACAAGUCUUGUUGGUUAUUCUGUCAUGCUUUAGCACAAGCUUCAUCCCAGUGUAAUUUUGUACAUAAAUAUUCAUGUCAUAUUCAUUUUGACCACAUUGCUAAGCGUUUAAGGCUCCAUUAGUGUGUAAUGACCCGGCGGCGGCGGCGGCCAGACACACGGCCGCCAGAUUGAUUGAGUGACACGAUAAAAAAUUUCUAAAACUGUUCUUUCUCAGCUGUUAUCAUUGAUCUAAGUCAUAUGUUAUUCUAAACUGAAUAUUUAAUAUUCUGUGGUAGCUAAAUACCUUUAGAACUAUAACAAAUUUUAUCGUGUUUAAAGAAAUGCAUAAAUAUUUGAACACAUUAAUUUUUUAAGAAAUUACAGUAAUUGAUCGUCACUAAAAACAAACGCAUCAUUUCACAAAACUUUUUAAUAUUCAACCAUCCUCUGUAUAUAUAUACAUAUAUAUUUGUUUUUUUUCUGUUAUGGCUGCAAAGGUUUUUUUUAUUUUUUAUUAUUCAGUUCAUGUAGAACAGUACAAGUGAUGUUGUGUGCAAGACCAUUUACCUCUGGAAAGUGAUCUUGUUUGGAAUUGAAUGUGGUGAUAACUUUUUUUUUUGCAUAUUUUUAAGUCCCCAGCAUAGUUGUCAUUCUGAACCUUCCUCUGCUGAUAGUUAAAUUUGUUCUCCUUAAUGGGGGAAUUAGUGAAGAGAACUUUUGUGGUGUUCUGCUUAUGAACAUGACAUUGCAAAUGUUCCAUUUUUCAAGAUUCCCCUUCAGGGAUGGGAAAUUUACACUAUUGACAUUGGAAGAUCUCUUCAAUUGGCAAGUAUGGACCUUCCCAGUAACUUUCCCACACACUAUCCCGGUUGUGACCUUGGCUGGCGACCCUGUGGCUGACAGGGAGGCUGGCCACAGGAGUCUGUAAUAGUGCUGACCCUCUAUAGCAAGCAUUGCUCAGGUGAUAAAAUAUUGAACCCUUACAAAAUCACUUGUUAAAACAGCAUUUAGUAAUACCCUUGUAUCUUUAAGUUUACUUUGCUGGAAAAAAUAAAUUUAUAUAUGCAAUACAUGCAAUCUUUGCAAAUAUUUGUAUUCACAAUGAAAUAUGGCAGUUUACAUACCCGGUGUUGCUAUUAGGGAAAGAAUGUAUAUUGUAACCUUGGAAGCCAGCAUCAUAAUAUGAAAGUUGGGUUGAUGUGAAACCAACUCUUACAUUACAUACAGUUGUUGUUGCCUAGAACCUUCUUGUUCCUCAGAAAGAUAUGAUUGUGCUUAUGGCAAUGUAUCUUACUUAUUCUCUUCUGUGGUGAUAGGAUUAUGUAGAACAGUUUAUAGAAAUUAGUCAUACUUAGGGAUUUUUCACUUUUGUAAUCAUUACAUUUGGUUUUUAGAUAAAUUUGCCCAGUGCUCAAGUUUUCAUGAAUGUUAUUGAGUCAAGAUCUUAGGUGUUGCAAGACUAUUUUUGUUAUUAAUGAUCAUCUUCAAAGUGGAAUGACAGUUUUGUACAUAGCAUUAAUAUCUGUAAUUUUAAGUGUCAUUACAAAUGCUGGAGACUAAGAAAAUAAUCACAAUUAACACUUGCACUUUUGUGGAUCUUGGUCAGAGCAUACAUACCUAGUACUGCAACAGUUCAUUGCUUGGCAGACAGCCGACAAUUAAUUGUAUCAUUUGAUUGCUGAGACUGUCAGCGUAAAAAUAAAUUAAACCUUGUGUGCUGCUGAAACCCACACUUAAGUAUUGACAUGGUGGUGAUCUUAAUGUGUUCCCUUAAUCCAGUGUUGGCCCAUUUAGUGGCAUGUUGAAAUAAAUUAAAUAGAAACAAA